AUGACCAUCCAUCGUCUGGCCAACCGGCUUUGGAGGUACCGUGUUACGGGUCUCAUGCUGACCUUGGGGGUGACCUGUCUGCUCAUAUUUGUUGGUACUUUUUUGCUGCAACACUCAGGGUAAGUGACCACCAACGGCACAAUCUACUAUAGGUUUGAAUAACUUCAUUUUUGAGUCUGUGCAGGAAAAAUUGUCUAAAGCAGCUGGAAGGCCUCGUGUCUGUUUCACGCCUACAUUUUGUUUCCCUGAAUCCUUGUAUUUCCUUUUUUUUCCAAAGCUGUUAUGGUCGACAGAGAGACUGGAAUACGAACGUAGUGAAGGACAGAGCGCAACCAGCAGCAAAUCCUGGCUCCUCAAGACAUGACAAUCCACAUCAAGAGCGCAGACGAAGAAGUGGCUUUCAACCCUGGAAUGACCAGGCUCCAAAAGACGUACAUUUUCAUAAUAUCAUAAAGCCGAGAACACAAACUCCUCCGGUUGUUUUUCUCAAAACUCACAAAACAGGCAGUAGCACCGUUCAAAAUCUGCUGUUUCGAAUGGGAGAGAGGGACAGAGCCACGUUUGCUUUUCCCCGCCACACCUACCACUUCAACUACCCAGAGAGGUACAGAGCUUUGACUACUUUAACUAUAUCAUUUAAAAGGUGGCCAUUUUCACCAGGAGCUCCAAUGUGGAUAUCACCUGCUGUGAUGCUGCUUAAAAGUCUUAAAAAUAGGGAAUAUUAAAAAAUCGGAAUUUCAUGAAUUCAAAGACAUAAGUAUAGAUAGUACAAAAUGACUUAAGUGGAUAUGUAGAUGAAUAUGGGGCCAUUUGAUUAUCACCAGCAGAUGCAAGAUAACCUGUUAAUACCUAACUGAAAAACCCAGUAUGAUACUAGCAGCUUGUAACUAAUCUCUUGUUAUCAAACUUUUAAUAGAUGGAUUUUCUACAUCUGAGUCAUGAACCAAUGCACAGCAGUCGACAAGACCAUUGAAACAAACUUCCCAGUUUGCAUAACAUGAUGGAGAAAAAUGGCUGCCUCUUGAAUUUACUCAAUUGCUUUGCUAAACAAACCCUAAAUCAUAAUAAUUUUGCUCACUAUUGUUUAUCGUCCUUGUCCUCUUUUCAGCUUCAGUGCUAAAUUUGUGGACGAGUUGCCUGAUGGAUCCUCACAGUACGACCUGCUUUGUAGCAACAUGCGUCUGGAUGUUGGACAGCUGAAACAAGUCAUGCCAGAAGAUGCCAUCUACAUCACCAUCCUUCGUGAACCCUUGCGGACAUUUGAGUCCAUUUUCUCCUACUACUCCUCAACCAUCCCUGCUUUUAUACUGGCUAAAAAGGUAGCACAGCAAACGGGGCACAAGUCAGCAUUGUCUCUUUUCCUGGACUCACCUGAUGCAUUCUGGGACCCCAAUGAGCCUGGAAACAGCUUAGCAAAGAACCCCAUGAGUUUUGAUUUAGGCAUCGACAGCCAGCAGUGGAACUCUACCUGGAGGACUGACCUGGCUCUCCUAGAGGAGACCUUCAAUUUAGUGAUGAUAGCAGAGCAUUUCGACGAAUCCCUGAUCCUCCUAGGGAGCCUGCUUAAUCUAAACCUUGAGGAGCUUGCAUAUGUCCGCCUCAACACUCGUCCCCCUCAGGACAUAUUGCCCUUGGAUGAUGAGACUAAAGACCAAAUCAGUGCCUGGAACACUUUGGAUGUGCUGCUGUAUGACUUUUUCCUUCAGCUAUUUUUGGAGAAGGUAGAAAAGUAUGGAUUGGAGAGGCUGAACAGUGAGGUGGCUCUUCUGAGGGCCACCACAAAUCGAAUAAGACGGAUGUGUGUGGCCAGGACAGGAGUGCAUCCCAGGGAACUAGAGGACCUGGUGAAACCUUGGCAGGCUGAUACAGUCACUAUCUUGGGUUAUCAGAUACAGAAGAACUUGACAAGACAGGAGCAGGGAUUCUGUACUCGCCUAGUGCUGCCUGAACUUCAGUACCACGCACAUCUGUAUUUCCAGCAGUAUGGUCGAGAUUUGAGAGCUGUGCCUACAGAAUAA